AUGUCAACGCAUCUGACAGAACAGGUAUGGCGACUCGAUGUUUUCUUCUUGACGAUUGGAUUCCUGGGAUAUGCGUUCAAGUAUCUGGACCAGACCAACAUUAGCAAUGCAUAUGUAUCCGGCAUGGAAGAUGAUCUCCAACUAUACGGGAAUGAACUCAACUACUUUACCACUUUCUUCAAUAUUGGAUAUAUGGUGAUGCUGUAUCCGUCAUGCAUCAUCGUCUCCCAUAUCGGCCCAUCCAUCUGGCUUCCUGCAUGCGAAGUCAUCUGGGGCAUUCUGACAUGUUGUCUAUCCACCGUCACCAAAGCUGAGCAGGUAUAUGGCCUUCGCUUUCUGAUUGGAUUCUUCGAGGGGGCAACCUGGCCUGGUUAUUUUACCAUCAUCAGUCAAUGGUAUCUCCCCCAUGAGAUGGCUCUCCGGAUGAGUCUGUAUAACAUCGCCCAGCCCGUCGGUGCCAUGCUGUCGGGCGCCAUGCAGGGUGCUUUGUCCACCAACCUCGAAGGCGCUCUCGGUCGCACGGGGUGGCGAUGGGCUUUUAUCAUUAAUGGCGUCUGUACAAUCUUUGUCGCUCUGCUUGCCUUUGUGCUCUUACCUGGUUUUCCCGAACGACAAAACCCACUGUCCAAAUUCUAUCUCAAACCUCACCAUAUCAAAACUGCAAUCGCCCGUACUCAAAGAGUUGGCCGUAGCCCUCAAGUCGGCAUUACUGUCAAAAGCUUUCUGCGAUGUCUCAAAUUCUGGCAUUUAUGGAUGUUUUCGAUCGCAUGGUCUAUCGGCACGAAUCAAACACCGUCGAACUAUUUCAACCUCUGGCUCAAGUCGUUGAAAAACGCAGAUGGAACGGCCAAAUACUCUGUUGCGAUGCUCAACUAUCUCCCUAUCGUCGGACAAGCCAUCCAACUAGUGGCAGAGAUUCUCUUCAGUGGUUUCAGUGACUACUUCGGCGUUCGAUUGCCCUUCUUGCUCUUGCAUUCGACCAUCAAUAUCACAUCCCUCAUCAUCCUGAUCAUCCGUCCAACCAACCAACACGCCUACAUGGCCGGAUGGUAUAUGAACUAUAUUGGAGCUGUAUCAACAAUGCUCCUCUGCUCGUGGGCCGCUGCCCAUCUCGAAAAGGAACCCCAAGUCCGGACAGUCCUCUUCGCUACUGGCACUCUAUUCUCCUAUCUAUUCAGCGCCUUUCUUCCUAUCGCUGCCUUUCCUGCCUCGGAAGCACCGCAUUGGCGUAUUGGGGCAAAGCUGUAUCUUGGUCUUUCUGCGUUGGCUACGGUUCUCUUUGUCAGUAUCUAUUUUGCUUUUAGAUGGGAGGAUAGACGAAAGGGAAAGCAGCCCAGAACUGAAGAAGAUAGAGGUGAAUAA